AGAAAAGCAGAAAGCUUGAACUGAAACAUGACAACAACCUACGGCACGAUUCCGACCACGGGGCCUCCGAACCUGGAAUACAUAUCGCGUGCAAAGCAGCGGAUCAAGGCGGGGUUGGGGACGCGGCGGCCGUGGAAGGCCAUGCUGAACUUCCGCUCGCUGAAGGUCCCCGGCGGAGGCGCGGCCGAGGCGCUGUCACGCGUGGCGGUGAACGUGUCGUACUUCCGCAUGAACUACGCGAUGGUGGCGCUGCUGAUUCUCUUCCUGAGCCUCCUCUGGCACCCCAUCUCGCUCAUAGUCUUCCUCCUCCUCAUGGCGGCGUGGCUCUUCCUCUACUUCCUCCGCGACGAGCCCCUCGUACUGCUCGGCCACCUCGUCGACGACCGCCUCGUACUCGUCGCCAUGGCCAUCCUCACGGUGGCGCUGCUGCUGCUCACCGACGCCACCGUCAACAUUCUUGUGGCCGUGGCAGUCGCCGUGCUGGUGGUGGUGGCGCAUGCCGCGUUCCGGAGGACGGAGGACCUGUUCUUGGGGGAGGAGGAAGAAGCUGCGGCGGCGGCCUUGGUUGGUGCUGCUUGAUUCUUUGUUUUCUGUAUAAUUUUUUUUUUGUUGAAUUCGGAGAAAGAAAAUGGCUAUUUGAUUAGAUUUGUUCAGUUCUAUGGUUUGUUGUUGCAUUUUUUCGGAAGAUGAUGCUAAUUCAAUCCAUUUUAUUUUUUUUUCUGUUUUCA